UGCCAGUCACUAGCCAUCUGCCUAUAAAAGACGCAAGAUGAAUUCCAUGAAAUAGCAGUGGAUCCCAACAAAGAAAGCAUUUCCUUCAAUCAUUCUCAUAUCCAUUAUUGGAUACUUACAACAUGCUUCAGUGGAGAAGGCGGCAUUGCUGCUUUGCCAAGAUGACCUGGAAUACCAAACGGUCUCUCUUUCGCACACACUUCAUUGGUCUACUCUCUCUUGUGUUCCUUUUUGCUAUAUUUCUGUUUUUUAAUCACCAUGAUUGGCUGCCUGGGAGAGUUGGAUACAAAGAAAACCCUGUGGCAUAUACUACACGAGGAUUUAGAUCAACAAAAAGUGAAACAAACCACAGUUCUUUAAGGACCAUUUGGAAAGAUGCAGUCCCUCAAACCCUGAGGCCACAGAUGAUUAAUUCCAAUGAUACAGGAGCGUCACCUCAGGGAGUUACUGGUUUAGAGAACACGCUCAGUGCUAAUGGGAGUAUAUACAACGCAAAAGGAACUGGGCAUCCAGCUACAUAUCAUUUUAAAUACAUCAUCAAUGAGCCUGAAAAAUGCCAGGAAUCAAGUCCGUUCCUAAUACUUCUUAUAGCUGCAGAACCAGGCCAGGUGGAACCUCGGCAAGCCAUCAGGCAAACCUGGGGGAAUGAAAGCCUGGCACCUGGAAUUCAAAUAGUUCGGAUUUUUUUGCUAGGUUUAAGUAUUAAAUUAAAUGGAUACCUUCAGCAAGCCAUCCUAGAAGAAAGCAGGCAAUACCAUGAUAUUAUCCAACAAGAAUACUUGGAUACUUAUUACAACUUAACAAUUAAAACACUCAUGGGGAUGAACUGGGUGGCCACCUACUGCCCAAACGUUCCAUAUGUUAUGAAAACUGACAGCGACAUGUUUGUAAAUACAGAGUAUUUAAUACAUAAGCUUUUGAAGCCAGAGCUGCCUCCCCGGCAAAAAUACUUUACUGGCUAUCUAAUGAGGGGGUAUGCACCUAAUCGGAACAAAGACAGUAAGUGGUACAUGCCACCUGAUCUGUACCCAAGCGAACGCUACCCUGUAUUCUGCUCUGGAACUGGCUAUGUGUUUUCUGGAGAUUUAGCGGGAAGAAUUUUUAAGGUUUCACUGAGUAUCAGACGGUUGCAUUUAGAAGAUGUAUAUGUAGGCAUCUGUCUUGCCAAACUGAGAAUUGACCCAAUGCCCCCACCCAAUGAGUUUGUCUUCAAUCACUGGCGGGUUUCUUAUUCCAGCUGUAAAUAUAGUCAUCUAAUUACCUCCCAUCAGUUCCAGCCUAGCGAACUGAUCAAAUACUGGAACCACUUGCAACAGAAUAAGCACAAUGCCUGUGCCAACACAGCAAAAGAAAAAGCAGGAAAAUAUCGUCAUCGUAAACUGCACUAGAA